AUGACUGACUACGCGUCCCUCACGGUUGCCCAAUUGAAGGAGCAGCUCAAAGCCAAGGGUUUGGCCUUGGACGGAAAAAAAGCCGAUUUGGUCCAGCGUCUUGUUGACCUGGACGCUGGAGAAGCACAGACAGAGCCAGCAAAAGAAGAGCCCAAGGAAGAGCCAACUAAGGAAGAGGCUCCAAAACAGACAGAAGAAAAGAAGGAGGCUCCUGCUGAUGAGAAUGGUGCUAAGACUGAGGAGAAGGUUGAAGACAAGAAGCCCAAGGAACUUUCUCCAGAGGAGAGAAAACAGCUAGCCGUGAAUUUGAUUACAAAGAAGAUCAAAAGAGCGGAGAAAUUCGGCGAUGAACAACUGGCUCAGGCUGCCCGCAAGGACUUGGCUCGUGUGGAGAAGUUUGGCGUUGACCCAGGCACUGCGUUGGCAAGAGAGAUCGGCUUGGUUGAUAAGCAAGUGAACUCUGGCUUGGGCAACUUUAGGAGACGUAAGGGGAAGGGCCACAGAAACAAGUCCAAGGGCAAGAAGGGUAAGGUGGGGAAGUGA